AUGGACGAUAAAACACUCUACGAUAACGAAUCAUUGAGGAGGAAGGACGGUUUCCACCUCAACCAGAAUGACCACCAAUUGAAGGAUCGGGGUGGUGUUUUCUCCUUCUUACGACCGACGCAUGCGAGCUUUACGCAUAAACAUGACGAGAGGACGGAGUUGAGGUGGAAUUCGAGAUCGCACAGGAAGGGGAGGCAUCUGGUUACCAUACACAAAUCCGCCAACACCACCCUCCCCUCCACCCAGGCCCGUCGCGGUGGCUUCCGCUUCAAAUUCCCAGUCUUCAAGCGCCACACCCACCAACACCAUCACAUCACCCCCUUCCAGCCCUUCAACAUCUCGUGGUGGGUUGCGACAGCCUUCGUCAUUGGCUCCGCAGUCUGGAUCGUAAACGGCUUUUUCGUGUGGCUUCCCACUGCGUUCCCGGAUGCUGUUAAAACGAAUAAUCCGGCGAGUGUGUGGACUGGGUUCGCGGGUGGGACUAUUUUUGAGGUUGGGGCUUGGUUGGCGUGGGUGGAGAGUUUGAAUCGGGGGCGUACGGUGUGCUUUGGAGUGGAGGUUGAGGGUGUUUUGAGGAGGCAUGUUCACCACACCCACCUCUUCCACCGCCGCUCAUCCACCUCCUCCACCGACACCACUUUACCAACCUCUUCCUCCACCACCCCGAGCCCAACCUCAUCCGCCACAAAACCCACCCAAAAAUGGCGUUGGUACGGCUGGCUCCCCCACGAACUCGGCUACCUCGCCUCAAUCAUCCAAUUCCUCGCCGCCACGAUCUUCUGGAUCUCAACCAUCACCGGCCUCCCCAACAUCCUCUACGCCCCCACCCCCUCAAACCUAACCCUCCGCAUCAUAUUCUUCUGGACCCCCCAAGUCGUCGGCGGACUCCUCUUCAUCAUCUCUUCCCUCCUCUACAUGCUCGAGACCCAGAAAGCCUGGUACAAAUUAAACCUCACAUCCUUGGGGUGGUGGAUCGCUGUGUGGAAUUUGGUGGGGAGUGUGGGGUUUUGUCUUUGUGGUGCGCUGGGGUAUGCGGCGGAUAGAGGGAGUACGAGGUGUGCGUAUCAGAGUGGGUUGAGUACGUUUUGGGCGAGUUUUGGGUUUAUGAUUGGGAGUUGUUUGCAGUGGUGGGAGGGGGUUGAUACGGCUGUUGUGGAGGUUGUGGAGGAUCAAGCUGAGUAA